GCCGAAUAUAACAUCGAGUCCAUCCCGUCACAUCUCAUCGCAUUCCAUCGCACCGCAUCGCACUGCACCGCACCGAAUUUUAUCACACUCUAUCUCAUCGCGUCCACACCCCGUUCACACCUCAUCGACCCUGUCCACGCCUCAUUCGAAUGAGCUCCCUCGCUGUCUAUCGCUAUGCCGGUGCUGCCGUCGCCGCAUACGUCGCCUACCGAGUCUUGAGCUCCGUUGUCAACCACGUCGCUACUCUCCGGCGGGUCCGACGCAUCUCCCCGAGCCACAAGAUCGCCCACCAGUUUAUCAAUCCUCUGAACCGUAUCUUGAGCAUGAUAAUCCCAACCGAUUGGAUGACCUGGCACGAAAACUGGGAGUGGAAGAAGGGCUACAAGCAGUACCGCGAAUACGCAACCGACGAUCUCAUCUUCAGUGUCUUUGGCGGCAAGAAAUAUGUCUUUGUGGCCAACCCUGACCUCGCCAAGAUCAUCUUUGAUCGUCGCGAGGACUUUCCCAAGCCUACGGAAAUCUACGUCCUCCUCGACAUCUUUGGCCCCAAUGUCGUCACCACCGGCGGAGAGAUAUGGAGACGCCACCGCAAGAUCAGCGCCCCGCAGUUUUCUGAAAAGAACAACAUGCUCGUGCACAACUCCACCAUCGACGUCACCAACGAGAUGUUCAGGGCCUGGGACGCCGCCGCCCAGACCACCGUCGACGGCAAGCGCGAGACCACCAUCGUGGCCUCGGACGAUGCCAUGAACCUCGCGCUCUCGGUGUUCUCCGCGGCCGCCUAUGGCAAGCCCCUCCAAUGGAGCCAGGACGAGGCCACGAUCCCCAAGGGCCACAAGAUAACGCUCAAGGCAUCGCUCGAGAUCAUGUCGCACCACUUGCCUGUCUACCUGAUCCUCCCCGACUGGGCGUAUUCGCUUCCAUUCACGGGCCUUGCCAGCAUCAAGACCGGGUUCAGUGAGUUCGUCGUGUACAUGAGAGAGUUCAUUGCGGAUGCCAAGGCCUCGGGCCAGACCAAGACAAACCUGCUCGAGAACCUCGUCUGUGCCGCCGACGAAGACAUUGGCAAGCUGACCGAGACGGAACUGAUCGGCAACGCCUUCAUCUUCAUGUUUGCGGGCCACGAAACCACCGCCAACGCCCUGACCUUCACGCUCGCCAUCGCUGCUUACCACCCCGAGGUCCAAGACAAGCUGUUUGCCGAAGUCUCCACCGUUCUGCAGGGCCGCGAUCCCGAAUACAAGGACUACUCGAGCCUCGUCUACACACAGGCCGUCAUGAACGAAAUCCUGCGUCUGUUCCCGCCCGUCACCCUGAUCCCCAAAUGCACCCGCACGACCCAGCAGCUCGGCAACUACACCAUCGACUCCGACACCGAGGUGUACAUUGACGCAGCCACGCUCCACCGCAACCCCAAGUACUGGGGGCCUGACCCAGACGGCUUCCGGCCCGACCGCUUCCUCGAGCCCUACAACCGCAAUGCCUUUGUGCCCUUCAGCGUCGGUCCGCGCGCCUGUCUCGGCCAAAAGUUUGCCCAGGUCGAGUACGUCUGUGCUCUGGCUCGGAUCGUCCAGCGCUACAGUUGGCGACCCAUCCCGGGCGUCACCGAGGCCGAGUGCCUCGAAGCCAAGAGCUUGAUCACCCUCAAGACGAUCCGCCCGCCGCGCGUGAUUAUGGUCAAGAGGGAGUAAGCCUUUCCCCCCUCUUCCCAUCUACAUCCUCCGAUCAGCGCAAGAACAGGGAGAAGGAGGCGAAGGGAGAACACAGUGCGACGAGCAGGAAGCACCCCAUGUGUUUCUGAGGACGGAGGCCAAAUUCUUUCCCUAUCCAC